AUGGGGAGUUGUGGCGCGUGCCCCCGCGUAGGGGACCGAGCUUUCCCAGCAGGAGAGUUCCAGCUCGUGAGUGAGCACAAGAGCCGCAAUUCCAUGCUUCGGGGACAAGAAAACGCCCUCGGCCAAAUUGUUGCAAACCCCAGAACUCCAAUGGCACGGGAUCACGAGCAUUGGGCGAAACGUUGCGGAGACGCGGGCUAUGGUGGGCAAUCGUCGAGACGGAACAGCCUGGGACUCACUUCGGAACCCCCACACGACGAUAUUGACCGACACCGCUCGCCCGCCAAAUCCCCGGGCCCUCCCCGACCAGGCAACUCGAUUGACCUGACUACGGCCUCCUCCCACAACCCCGCCGGCGCCAUGGACAAAAUUCUUCGCCGUGUGCGCAUGGCUGAGCGCAAUGUUGCACGGCGAACCAAACGCCAGAAAUAUAUCGUCGACGGCGGCAACCGCCGCGCCGAUAUUCGGGGGACUGCCCAAACAAGAGGACACGCUGGUGCUGAGCUUGGGGCUGCUAUCAAGGCCCGGCACGAGGAGCUCGAGCUGGGUCCUCUCGCACCAAAACGCGACGUCUUCAAACCCGACAAGUUGGCCAACUACUGGGGUGCAAUCUCUACCGACCGGGCCACACUCACAACCCCCAUCACCGAUGCGCAACUAGACGCCCGUUGCGCUUGGGCGGGCGGGUCGAAGUUGCUUUGUCUGGCUCGGGGUGACAGGGUCGUCGUCACCGAAGGCCCUUACAAAGGUCAAAUUUCCACCAUUUCUCUUAUCAUAAAGACUUCCAUGUCGGUCGAGCUCGAGGGCAACCUCGGCCUUACCAACGUCCAGGUUCCCUCCUACAUGCUCCAGGACGGCCAAACGACCAUCCAGCAGGUCAAGUCGUACUUUCCCAUCUCAUCCGUCCGGCUCGUACACCCGAUCGAAGACCCGGCGACCGGUACGACCCGCGACGUCAUAAUCCGCGAGCUCAAGCCCGUCCGGGUCAAGCACGACCGGCCGACGCGCAAGGUCUUCUUCUCGCGCGUGGUCCCCGGCCUGAACGUACAGAUCCCCUGGCCCAAGGUGGCGCCGAAUCAGAGAGAAAACCAUGCGUUCGACACGCUACGCCUUGAGGUCGAGGAGCGCACCUUCGUGCCGACGCUCCUGCGCCCGCCCAUGCCCGAGACGGUGCUCGACGAGCUACGCAACCGGUAUUCCAAGUUUCGCACCCGCCACACCCCCGAGUACAUCGCCGAGGUCGAGGCGCGCGAGGCCGAGAAGAAGGCCCGCCGCAAGGGCGCCCGCGUCGACGAGAUGCUGCUGCCCGUGCAGGAGUACAACCGCAAGAUGCGUGAGCAGCGCCGCGAGCGCGGCGCCCCCGAGCUCUCCGAGGAGAUGCUCGAGAAGAUUGGCGAGGUUAUUGCCAAGAACAAGUUGGCCAGGUCACAAGGUGCUGUUGCGCCCGCGGAGGCAGAAGUGGACAAGGUGCAGAAAGCGGUCGAGGAGCUGUCGCUUGGGGGCGAUGUGCAGGGGACGACUGGCGGGGAGCAACCGAGGCCAUGA